GCGAAGAGUUGUCAAGCGGAGGCACCACUUCUAGUCGAAACGUACGGUUACCGAUAUGAGGGACUGACACAGAUUAUCUAUCCCCCGGUAUUCUGUCUGCUUUCGUAGGACUUUGUAUUUUACGUAAAGUUCUGGAUAAGCUUUUCUGCACACAAGGAUGGAAUCCAUUGAAAGGACAGUGUGGUCAGAUAUCCAAGUGAAAGUUUGCGUUGUCAUCCCUUUGAGAUGGAGACUCGAAUGACAGAAGAAUGUCUACUCUAUAACGGAGCAGCCUUUUGGAUUUAGUCUGCAGCAGUUAUUACGCGGCGCUGGACACCUGCACCCGACCUGGCCGAGACGGACGUCGUCUACGCGGCUGCCCUGAGAAUAAUAAAGCGCUCAGAAGCGCUUCUUGAACUGAAUCAAUCAUUUCGGCACUCAUGUGAACAGUUGUCAAUGUUACCUCCCCACAGGCAGUCCAUUUAUUGCGCUUUGUUGUGCAGUUCUGUAAAUCGCGGACUGCAGAUAGGCGAUAAUGGACCACGGGUUCAUAUUGCCAUCGGACAUCCGAUGAUAUAGCCAUACAUAGGCUGGAUAAUGGCAAUGCCAUCAUGGGCAUCUGAAUAGUGUCAGCAUCAACUGGAAAAAGUUUGUCUCUAAGUUCAACUAAACUUAAAGAGUUAAACAGGAGAGAACUGUGCCUCCAUCUCACCCCUGUCCAAAUCUGACCUCACAAAGCCAGUAUAAUAGAUCACGGAAUCACCAUGGGUGCAGUACUGUCACUGUCCCCUGCAUCCAGGAAGAAUAGCUACUGCGACACGCGCCCCGAUUCGCUCAACCACUACCCGAGCCUGAGCAGCAGAUCGCUCAACACUCAGAAAGACCACACCGGCGGCCUGAAACGGGGCCAGUCAAUCUUCCUCCCGGCGCUCACCUGGAAACGCCUGGUUGCCACCACCAAGAAACGAGGGGGUUCUAAGAAAUGUUCUGGGGGUUCUGGGUUGCUCGGAGACCCCCUCAACAACAACAACAUUUACCAGAAGGACCCGGUGUUGCAUCUCAACCAGGAGAAUGUCAAGAAGUCUCUAUCCUGUGCCAACCUCUCCAGCUACAACAGGCCAGCGGGACUAGGCCUGGGGAUAGGCUUUGGCCAGGGGCACUGUGGCUAUGAGAUGGGCAUUAAGCCCCAGCAGCUACCCUCCGUCAUAAAAGUGCCCCAUAAAGGAACGGGCGCUUCGUCCCCCAAGCGCGUCAUCAUCCAGGCGUCCACUAGUGAACUCCUCCGCUGCCUGGGUGAGUUCCUGUGUGGCCGCUGCUACCGGCUGAAACACCUCUCCCCUGCGGACCCGGUGCUGUGGGUGCGGUCGGUAGACCGGUCUCUACUCCUCCAGGGUUGGCAGGAUCAGGCCUUCGUGACGCCAGCCAACGUCGUGUUUGUCUACAUGCUGUGUCGAAAUGUCGUGGAUGGGGACCUGGUGUCGUCGGAGCAUGAGCUUCAGGCCACGCUGCUCACCUGCCUCUACCUGUCCUACUCCUACAUGGGCAAUGAGAUCUCCUAUCCACUGAAGCCUUUCUUGGUGGAGGCUGGCAAAGAGGCGUUUUGGGACCGAUGCCUUGCCAUCAUCGACGCCACUAGCACCAAGAUGCUACGCAUCAACGCCGAUCCCCACUUCUUCACCCACGUGUUUGCCGAGCUUAAGAGUGAGGGGGGCUGCGGCCCACAGGACUACAGCCGAGUGCUAGACCGUCAGGACUAGACCAGAAGACAGAGGGUUGUGUCACUCAACCAAUCAUAUCCUACUACUCCACAGAAACUGUGACUAUCUGUCCAAUCAAACACCUCAUUAGAACCCUGGAACUUGGUUGAACUCCUUCACUACAAAUGGACUUAAUAUGGAGCCUCAACCAGGAAGAUAACAGGAGACUUGAACCCCACGCCUAUUCUAUGAAUUACAUGAAUGGGAAAUGGAAAUCAAGUGGAAACUAUUGUACCUUGCAGAAUAUUUGAGCUGGGGCAGACCUUAGUUAGGCCUAAUGUGAGUUUUGGUUUUGGGGGAAUAUGAGGCGAAGUCAGUCUAUGUUACCAUUGCUCUGUGAGUUGUGGUGAACUUGUUAUAUCAGUGUGUUUUUGCUGCUACAGUAUGUAUGGACACACCUAUAACAGUCUGUCUAAAUAAAAUGCAGACUUAAAGUUAUAGUUCAAAUUACAAAAUUACAUAUUGGUUUGAACUAUCCUUUUUAAAGGAAGAAGAACAUUGUAUUGUGUAAAUAUGUUGCUGUGUGACCAAAUGAACCGAAGGCAGGAAAACGUUUUUAAAAAAACCAAACACGUCAUGUCUAGCUACAGUAGUGGUGUGCAUGCCAGAUAGAUAGACUAGGUGGUCUAUUCAAUCAGACCAGCUUCAGCCAACAUCUGCAUAGCGGUUGUUUUGACGGUGGAACUGCGUCAGGGCUGUCAAAUACACAAACGGCUCCCGGCAUUAUAUCUAAAGAGGACAUUGCCAUUGUUUGCACGGAGUCGCGUUAACAGAAAUCCACAUGUGGCCUUGUUGGAACACGGAAAUGUGAGAUAUAAUCUACACCUCCGUAAGGAUGACAGAUGUAAUCUACACCUCCGUUAGGAUGACAGAUUAUAGAUGUAAUCUACACCUCCGUUAGGAUGACAGAUUAUAGAUGUAAUCUACACCUCCGU